AUGUACAAUGAGAUAGAGGGAAACUACGACGACGUCGCCAUUAGCACAUUCAAAAGGGGCCUGCUGACAGAGCACGGUUUAAGAAAAUCCCUGACUGGAAAGCCGGUCACUAGUGUGCGACAACUCAUGGAUAGAAUUGACAAGUACAAAAGGGUCGAAGAGGACCAACAAACGGGGAAGGGUAAAGCGAAGGUUGUCCCUCAAGAGAGGAGGGACUUCAGGUUGGAUCGCUUUAACAGCAGUAACAGGCCGAAAAGAGACUACGCGGAACAGUCUAGAUCCACUGGGGCACAAGCAGUCCAUGCUGUGUUCCGAGAACCAUUACACAAGAUCCUAGAGAAGGUGAAGUGCGAACCAUUCUUUCAAUGGCCAAGCAGGAUGGCAGGUGACCCCUCGAAACGUAACCAGAAUCUGUAUUGCGCGUACCACCAAGAGCCGGGUCACCUCACCAAUGAUUGUAGGAAUCUGAAAAACCACUUGAACCGGCUAGUCCGAGAGGGGAAGUUGAGACAUCUAUUACAUCACCCUGUGAGAUGGCAGGAACAAUCGAACAUCGAAAUCAGGCUCCCGCCUGAAGCCGAUGACAGGGAAUCUAAAAGGGCCCGAGCAAGUCCCACGCCCUUAAUCGGAUUCUCAGAUGAGGACAAACUGGGAACCCUUCAACCCCACGACGACGCCCCAAUCGUCACGCUCAGAAUUGGGGGUUAUGACGUGAAGAUGGUGCUAGUUAACCAAGGCAGCGCCGUGAAAGUAAUGUAUCCCGACUUGUAUAAAGGAUUGAACCUAAAGCCAGAGGACCUGUCAGCAUACGACUCCCCUUUGGUCAGUUUUGAAGGAAAAACAGUCACCCCUAAAGGCAUGAUUAGGCUGCCUGUACAAACAGACUCAGACAUGGUGGAAGUGAACUUCAUUGUGGUAGAUGCGUACUCCCCCUACACAGCCAUCGUGGCCCGCCCGUGGCUUCAUGCACUAGGGGCUGUGUCGUCAACCUUACACCAAAAAGUGAAGUAUCCGUCAGGAGGUUGA